GAACUAAUUGGAGCUGAGCUGAAGUGAACUGAAAUUAAGUAAAUGUGAACAUGCCUUUAAUGAAUCAAAUAAAUACGAGUACUUGUAUAAUCUAAUAAGUACCUUCAACCUCCCUUUAUUCAUGCUUUGCAAUGUUUGGAAAUUUACAAUAUUUACUCGUAUAUUAUUCUAUUUGACCUCUUUGUUUAUGUAUAUGUUGAGCAAAAUAUAAUCACAUACAUAAAGUCUAUCCCAAUUUAAAUCUUCAUAGUACCUAGCUAGGUUUUUACAUUUUUGGAAUUUAGAGAUAUAAUUGGUCGAAAAUAUACAUUGACAACCGUAAAAACUAAAAAUGCGUUGAAACUAAUUGAGAACAGAUGAUUGAAAUAUUUAUUUACAUAACCUAAUAAAAUUAAUCUAAGUGAUUAUAUUUUUACAUAGGUCUCCACCGAUAGGCUGUUUCCCAGCAAAGACUAACGUGGGCAGUCAAUUACCAUUCUCAAUCUUAAGGCCAACAGCCUUAGAGACAGUGAGACGACUAAAUGUUGGUGGCAGUGACGUGAUUUCGGAAAUGGACUCCGGCGGAAUGUCACGGACAUGGUAUAACGACGCUAACUACAUCGGCGGGAAUUUCAAAGGUGCGAUCCCUAACCCAAACAGAACCCUGAUAACGGACAUCUCUUACACAAUAGUGCCCAAAUACACUGCACCCAACCUCGUGUACUGGACAGCCAGGAUCAUGGGUCCUUACAAUAACAGCUUUAAGUUGAAGAACAAUAUUACGUGGGCAUUUUCUGUGGAUUCUGGGUUUGACUACCUGAUUAGGCUCCAUUUUUGUGAGAUUGAUCCUAGUGUUACAAAUAGACGUCAAAGAGAGUUUGAAGUUUUGGUAAACAAUGAGCAGGCUGAUAAUGAGGUUGACCCCUUCCACUUGGGUAACAGUUUGCGGUCGACUCCGGUGUGUAAGGACUAUGUGACUUCCAUAUAUGAGGGUUCAAGCAAAGCUAGUCUAUCAAUUACUCUUCGUCCAGAUACUGGAAGUUAUCUCACGUAUCAUGAUGUGAUAUUAAAUGGAUUGGAAAUUUUCAAGAUGAGUCAACCAAAUGGGAAUCUUGCUGGGCCAAAUCCUGUUCUCCCCGGCGAUCCAAAUAGGCCCAAUAAGCCAAAUUCGUUACCACCAAGAGGUGGUACAAACUCUAAUCACUUAAUUGAAAUUCUGGUUGGUGUGCUAGGCAGCGUUGUUUUCAUAGCCUUAGUCAUUGCAUCGGCAUUUUGUUGGUUGUUGCGGGAAUCAAGCCAAAAUUACUGUAAGAGGCUCCUUCCAUCCAAUGGCUCCGGAUUCUCCUCCACCAGCAGCGGCGGCUCCUCAUUACCGUCUCAUCUUUGCCACUGCUUCACGUUGCAGCAGAUCAUGGUCGCAACAAACAACUUUGAUGAUCAUUUUGUCAUUGGCGUGGGUGGAUUUGGUAAGGUAUACAAAGGAUCCAUUACAAUAAAUGGUGGAACUGAAAUCAUGGUCGCAAUCAAGCGACUAAACCCAUCAUCUAAGCAAGGGGCUCUUGAGUUCCACACGGAGAUUGUGAUGCUAACAACACUUAGACACGUGCAUUUGGUGUCAUUGAUCGGAUUUUGUGACGAGAAUGGUGAAAUGGUUUUAGUCUAUGAUUACAUGCCUCUAGGAACCCUUCAGGAUCAUCUCUACCAUAAAUAUUCUUUUAGACACAGUGACAAAAUGGAUACCCCAAUAUAUGCUCCCAUGUCUUGGAAGCAACGACUCUUGACCUGCAUCAGGGCAGCACGAGGCUUACACUAUCUACACACGGGUACAGGGAGGGUUAUCAUCCACCGUGAUGUUAAGUCCACCAACAUCCUCCUAGACAAGAACUGGAUAGCCAAAGUCUCCGACUUUGGCAUAUCCAAAGUAGGCCCCUCUAUGAAAGAAGGGGCUCCUACAUAUGUUAGUACAAUAGUAAAGGGUAGCAUUGGUUACCUAGAUCCAGAGUAUAUUCGGCUGAAGCAACUCACAGAAAAGUCCGAUGUGUACUCAUUUGGAGUAGUGCUAUUUGAGGUCCUAUGUGCUCGGCCUGCAAUGAUGCCCUUAUUGCCAAACGAACAAGUAAAUUUGGCUAGGUAUGCAAAAAGAUGCUACGAAGAAGGUACCCUUCAUGAAAUUGUUGACCCUAAUGUAAGGGACGAGAUUGCACCAGUGUGUCUAAGGAAGUUCGGAGAGAUUGCUGAGAUGUGUGUGCGUGAUCAAGGGAGCAAACGACCCUCAAUGGAAGAGGUAGUAUGGUACCUAGAGUUUGCAUUGAAGCUUCAAGAAACUGAUGAAAACAACAAUGAAAUUACUACUAGUAGUAUUAUUCCUAAUUGACAAUGACAAUGGAAUGCGUCGUACUACCAGUGAUUUUGAGUUGAUCACCACCUCAUAGGAAAUAAUAAUCUCAUCCCAAACUAGUUCUAAUGAUCCUAUUAUAACUACAUACAUUUAUACAUCCCAAAGUAGUUCUCUUUAUAUCGUUAUCAUAAUUAAAUUGUAGGUAGUCAACAUUGCAUAAUCAAACUACAAACUAUUGGAUGAGGCAA